AUGGCCGGGGUCCCCGGGCUGUGCGCCCUGCUCCUGGCCUCGCUCUGCGGGCUCCAGGUUCAGGGGGCACAGGCGCUGCGGGCCGCAGGGUCCCCCGCCGGCCUGACCCCCUCUGCCCCGGCCGGCCCAGCUGCAUUGCUCCUCCGGCGCCUGCGCGAGCGCGUCCGGCGGCUGCAGGGCGGCGAGGGGCCGGGCCUGGGCCCCCGGGCGGGGUGGCUACAGCAGCCGCUGGAUCCCUUCAACUCGUCUGACGGCCGCACCUUCCUGCAGCGGUACUGGGUGAACGACCGGCACUGGGCUGGCCGGGACGCGCCCGUCUUCCUGCACCUGGGGGGCGAGGGCAGCCUGGGCCCCGGCUCCGUGACGGCAGGGCACCCCGCAGCCCUGGCCCCGGCCUGGGGCGCCCUGGUGAUAAGCCUGGAACACCGGUUCUACGGCCUCAGCGUCCCUGCCGGGGGCCUGGGCUCGACCCAGCUCCGCUACCUGUCCAGCCGCCACGCGUCUGCGCAGGUGGCUCCGCGGCAGCCUCUCCGGAAGUUAGGGAGCCGGCGAGCCCGGAGGGAGCGGCGUCCGGAGCCGCAGUCCUGUCCUCUGGGCUCUGCGCUCCCGGCCCCGCUGGGGCCCCUCCUCCUCCCCGUAUUUGUCACGUUUUCGUCUAAACGGCCCGGGAAGUUGCGCCCUCCCUCUCGCCUGGUCGGGGCGGCGGGCUCUCCGGAGGGCGAGGGAGGGAGGCCGGUCUCCGCGGGCCCGGCGCGAGCUUCGCUGGGCGCCUGCGGGUCUCUGUCGCGCGCCGAGGACCGCGCGGAGCUGCUGGAGGCGCUGCAGGCCUUGGUCGGCAGCGCGGUACAAUACGACGGGCAGACGGGGGCGCCGCUCGGCGUGCACCAGCUCUGCGGACUCCUGCUCCAGGGCGCGCGCAACGGCAGCCACCCAGAGGCAUACCUCGGGCUGCGACUCGCGGCGCAGGUCGUCAUGCACAGCCUGGGACAGAGGUGUCUCAGCUCCUCGAGAGCACAGACCGUCACACAGCUGAAAGCCACAGAGCCCCAGGAGUCCGGCGUGGGUGACCGGCAGUGGUUGUACCAGACGUGUACGGAGUUUGGCUUCUAUGUCACCUGCGAGGACCCUGGGUGUCCUUUCCCGCAGCUCCCAGCACUGCCCUCGCACCUGGAGCUGUGUGAGCAGGUGUUCGGGCUCUCGGCCUCAUCCGUAGCCCGCGCCGUGGCCCAGACAAACUCCUAUUAUGGGGGCCAGGCCCCAGGAGCUACCCGAGUGCUGUUUGUCAAUGGAGACACAGACCCCUGGCAAGUGCUGAGUGUCACACAGGCCUCUGGCCCCUCAGAGGCAGCCCUGCUCAUCCCCGGGGCCUCCCACUGCGCGGACAUGGCCCCUGAGAGGCCCUCGGACCCUGCCAGCCUCCGCCGCGGGCGCCAGAGCAUCUUGCGGCAGCUGCAGACCUGGCUUGGGCAGGCGAAGGAGGAGCGCCAGCUGGGAGGCCCGGCCUGAGCCACCGCGAACCCCUCCCUCAUACAAAGGCCAACAGGAGGCUCCUCGUUUGAAGGAGAAACCCCCGGGGCCCGGGGUUGAGCCCCUGACCCACAUGUACCCACGUGUCCGCAGUCCCCCGGCUCCCAAGUAAAGGUACCACGUUG